CCCUAUUUGUCACAGUUGGUACGGUCUGUUGCCGCUGUGUUCGCUCGUCUUCCUGAAAGAGCACUGUACUGGAGCCACAGAUGUCGCUGCGAGGACGCAAAAACAAGAAAGGAUUUCUUGAAGAUCUCGUCAGUCCACUCCCACAUGGCAGCGAGCCUCCUCUGCACACAAGAUUAAACCACGUUCAUUAAACUACGCAGGUAUUAGAUGCAGCUUGAUUUCAGUGUUCUCAAAUGGCUUGCUGUCUGAAGGACGAGCUGCUCUGUUCCAUUUGCCUGAGCAUAUACCAGGACCCUGUUAGCUUUGGCUGUGAGCACUACUUCUGCCGAAAGUGCAUCACCGAGCAUUGGAGCAGACAGGAGCCACACGGACCAAGGGACUGCCCAGAGUGUCGCCGUACCUUUGCCGACCCUCUCCUCUCUCCCAGCCUCAAGUUGUCCAACAUCGUAGAGAGGUAUUCAGCUUUCCCGCUAGACGCCAUUCUCAACGCUCAACGGAGCUCCUACCCUUGCAAGGACCACGAGAAAGUCAAGCUCUUCUGCCUGACGGACAAAAGUCUGGUGUGUUUCUUUUGUGACGAGCCAGCACUUCACGAACAGCACCAGGUGACCACCAUUGACGAAGCCUACGAGGAGAUACAGAGGGAGAUGAAGGAGCAGCUGGCCUCUCUUCAGGACAGUGAGAAGGGCCACACUGAAGCCCUGCAGCUCCUCCAGAGACAGCUCACAGAGACCAAGUCUUCGGCCAAGAGCCUACGUGCCACCAUUGGAGAUGCGUUUGAGCGUUUGCACAGGUUCCUCCGUGAGCGUCAGAAGAGCAUGCUGGAGGAGCUGGAGAUGGACACCGCUCGCAAACUGGCCGACAUCGAACACAAAAUCCAACGCUACAGCCAGCAGCUCCGGGACGUCAAAGAGGGAAUACAGAUCCUACAGGAGAGACUCAACGAGACUGGGAGACAUGAGUUUUUAGAGGGGGUCGCAGUCACUUCAGAGAGGAUCAAGGGAAAGAUACAUGAGACCAAUCUGACGUAUGAGGACUUCCCGACAUCCAAAUACAUGGGGCCCUUACAAUACACUAUAUGGAAGUCUCUGUUUCAAGAUGUAUCACCAGUGCCAGCUGCGUUGACCCUUGACCCCAUCACGGCUCACCAAAGACUUAUCCUUUCGGAUGACUGCACCAUUGUGGCCUACGGGAACCUGCACCCCCAGCCUCUGCAGGACUCCCCCCGGCGCUUUGAUGUGGAGGUGUCUGUCCUGGGAGCAGAGGGCUUUAACUCCGGCGUGCACUACUGGGAAGUCAUGGUGUCCGAGAAGACCCAGUGGAUGAUAGGGGUGGCUAACGAAACGGUCAGCCGCAAAGGGAGCAUUCAGAUCCAGCCGAGCAGAGGCUUUUAUUGUAUCGUGAUGCAUGAUGGGAACCAGUACAGCGCCUGCACAGAGCCAUGGACACGCCUCAAUGUUAAGUCCAAGCUGGAGAAAGUCGGGGUCUACCUGGACUAUCCAAAAGGUCUACUCAUCUUCUACAAUGCCGACGAUAUGUCCUGGCUUUACACCUAUCGAGAGAAAUUCCCAGCUAAAGUCUUCCCGUACUUUAGCCCCGGCCAGAGCCACGCCAAUGGGAAAAACGUUCAGCCUCUACGAAUCAACACAGUUCGUCUUUAAUCGGAACUGGUGAAAUAUGGAGGUAGUCCUGAGAGGUGAAUUCACAGGACGAAUCAAAAAUGUGUAAUUGGGUGUUAAUUCUGUUGUGCGUCAUGUUGCUAUUCGAUCCCGUGCUCUUAUUUUGUUUGUGAUUUGAAUCCGAUGAACUUACAUGGCCUGGAAUGGAAACUCAAUCCAUUUAUCCUGGAACUGAAAACAAAAAUACACUUUGAAAAGAGGUGGACAGGCCUUUCCCUCUGGAGUUAUAUGGUGCUGGUGUGGUCAGAAUGAUGGUAAUGAAAAGUUAAUACAUUCAAACUUGUUUAGUAGAUAGUAAUCAGCACUACCAGCAUCAGUUGGUGCUUACAAAGGUUCAUUUCAAAUUUCUUAAAAUUAAAAUAGAAUAUAAUACAGAGUGUUAUAUGGCUCAAAAAAUACCUGUAAAUUAUGCAUUCUUGUUGUGAGGUCGACUCUCCACAGAUCUGACCUGGCCUGGUGGCGCCACCUGCUUGAUUCAGUGGAAAUAAAUAUGGAUAUUGCAUAUUGUAGAACAUUCCAGGCUAAGCAAUCAUACUUCCAUGGGGACAAGCAGGUGGUGGACCCUCCUCCAAAAGAAGAUACACAUGAAUAAUUAUAUGAAGAUAAAUGCAAUGGGAAACGUCUUCAGCACUCACCAAACAAAACCCAUUCUGACUCUACUUGUAUUAUUUUUCUCCAGUAGGAACAUAGACCGUAUAAAGAAGUGGACUAAGGGAGCAUGAUGCCACCUAUAGCGUUCAGCUCCCGUCAAAUGAAGCUCCACGAGGCUGCGAACGAGGCUAGGAAGGUGACGGCUAGCAGGUUAGCUGUGUCCAUAUAUACUGUAUAUACAGUCUAUGAGUAGGAAUGACUUUGUAGGCCUGUGAAGUGUUGAACUCUCGCUCUCGUAUUCUGAUCUUCCCAAAUUUCUUAUCUGAGUUGGAUGAAGUCUCCGGCCCCUCUCCGUGCUGUACAAUCGCCUUAUCUCUGUUUGUGGAAUGUGACAGCACUCAACUCCUUUUGGUUGACCCUCUAGCAAAAAAAAAACAAAAAAACUAAAACCCAGUCUGGAUAUUUCUGCACUUUUUACCCAGACCAAGAUGUCAAGUCAGUUCCCUCCUUUAAAAAGCAUACAUCAGCUUUUUCCUGUCACCUAUAGACAUUUUAAUAUAAGGACUCUAGUAUAUUCUUAUUACUGUCCACUGCCGGUUUCAUUGGAGGUGAAGAAUGUCUCGAAAUGCUGCUAUAGGAGGUGAUGGGACCUGCAUGUCUGUACAUAUGAGUGUGUAGAAGGAAGAGAUUGAUUUGUGUUGGGCUGUGGUUAGGUUUCUGCUGAUUUAAUCCGAAGUUUACAUAAUAUUUUAGUUAAAGGUUUUAUUGUGUUUAGCUAGUCGCAUGAGAUACAAAUUUGAGCCCUUGCUACAUGUAUAUAGGUUUUAUUUUUAGAUUUUCUUCCACUGUCUAAAGUUGUUCCAGAAAUAAACCUAUCUUUAAAAGAGCAUUAGAAUCACACAGAUGGUCCACAAUGUGCCGUUAAAUUUAUCAAUCACAUUGUGCAAAUUUUCAGUGUAGACAGAAGCAUUGGAGUUUGGAGUUUCUCUUCUUAUAAGGCCAUACUACAAACUACUCUGCCACUGCUUAAGUACUUUAGAAAAUGAUCCUUAUACAUGUAGCCUGGGCCUGUACGCCAGCUAUUGCUGAAAAUAAAUAGUCCUAAUGAAUGUUUUUAUGACCAACACUUUUACUUAGUUAAAUCUAAUUGAUUUCUUGGGUAAAUGGCAAUAAUUGACGGUGCACAAUGUAACAUUUGUGGUUGGGUGGUAUGCCACUUGUUGGUCUUCAUUAUUGCUUUGCCUGGUAUGGCAUUAAAGUUGCCCGUCUUGCAUUUAUUUAAUCAUGUUGCUGAAAAAAUAUAUAUACAUGUACUAACAAAUACAUGUAUUCUUACUAUGGGAAUGGUUGUCACUCCACAGAACUGACACGUAACAUCACCAGCUUGCUUGUCUGGACAUAGAUUAGUUUAAUGCCAUGCCAUGAAACAUUCCAGACACAACAACAGCAUCUUCAUGGAGGCAAGAAGUUGACUAACCCUUCUUCAAAAAGGUUACACAGUGCACCUUUAAGUGAUACAGGGUUGGAUAUACUGCAUGUUUGAGUGCUGUUUUUACUUUAUAUCUUUGACAUUCCCGCAAUAUUUUAUGUGAAACCACUAAUCAUUCCAGCUUAGUCAUAUAGUUUAAUUUUGCCCCACGUGCCUCUUGUUUUUGGGUUUUUCAUUGCACACGACUCUUCUAAGGUCUUUCCGAGUCCAUCUUUAAAACGCUGUUGUCUUUGGGCCCAAAUUGAGCCACGUGUUUGAACUUGUAACUAAAUGUGAUGGUUUAAUUCUUGUGUCAUAAAUCUCCUCCCGGCCCUUAAGCACAUUUUUACUGUUGCAAAAAGAGGGACCUCCAGAAGAAACAUCAGGUGUAGACCUAGUUUUACAGUGGCUGUUUCUUUACAUUCGUAUGUAAUUUGUCUUUGUUAAAUAUAGUAAUUGGGACAGUGAAUGCCCUUAUUCCAUGGGAUACUAAUUAUGCGAAAAAUCUAUGUCAAACAUUUUCAAAUUACUGUUUAAGUUGCACAUUUCCUACACAAUGUUAUUAAAGGAGCACUAUGGAACUUUAGAGGUGAAGAAAAUAAAGCAAGUGCACCUGUGAUUUUACUCAAUUUUAAGUUAUCAAGACAACAAUACUUUGAGAAUACUUGGAUUACUGAGCGCUUGUGGUGGGAGUUUGUAUCUUUGUAUCUUUGUAUUUUGCAGUGGUACACGACAGUAAUUCUAGUCCUGAUCAAAUUAUUUAAUUAAUUUCUCCCAAAUCAGUACUAAUAUUACUUUUUGAAUAAUUGUCUUGAUCAAGCAAUGCUGACAAAACAUUUUUCCUUAAUACAUUGUUUUGUUUUGUUUUAAAUGCUUUAUGAUGGAAGAUAUUGUAAUGAAAAUUUGACAAAGAGGUUUUGACAAUCAAUAUAUGAUUUUUUGUUUUGUUUUUUAGUUUUUCUUAAUUUGAAUGUUUGCUUGUAUAAGACUCACCUGGUUGGAGUUUUAAUUGUAAGUAUCAAAAAACAAGCUGGUGUGCUGCCCAAGGACUUGAUGUUAAAGAGAUUGUAGAGAGACAGAUGUAUGUGUGUUACUGUUAGCUGGUGAUGGAAAUAGUGCUUAAAUAAUAUUACUAUGACACUUUUAAUGAUUCUGAUGAUUGUGUAAGUGUGUGGACUUGCUCUAGUGCGCCUGCUGCUGGAGGCUUGUGGGAACUGUUUUAACUGUACAAUAAACGACAAGUGAUAAAAAGUUA